GUAACCGCUGAGCAACUGAAACUGGAGGCGGUACAGCAAGGCCCCAAUGCACGGGCGUGGCUUCGUCGCAAAUUGAACACUUUCUCGGCCAAGGUAGCCAAGGAUUCAGUGGACGGCCGAAGCCCGCUGGCGGCGCUGGGUGCUGAAGUCGGUGUGGAAGACUGUCUGUCUAAGAAGGCGCUGAUCGAGCGCGUGAUCGCCGUCUUGCUGCCAGAAGAAUCAUUGGACAGCAGCGCCGCGGUGCAGCGGCAUGCUUGGCGAUUGCUUCGGUCCUGUCUUGGAAGACAAGCAGCAGGCGAGCAAAUCGAUGCCGAUUUCUUGAGCACAGAGGUAGUCGACGCAGAUCUUCGGCUGAAACUUCUUGCAUGGUGUUUGUGCAUUCCGAUGGACACUCUGGUGGGACGUCACUAUAGCUCUCAGCAGACAUUGCUGGAAUUGAUUCGUAGUCUUGGUUGCAUUAUGACACACUUCAAUUCCGUUUCGGACGUUUGGGCCACACUGGAUGUUGACUUGCAAAAACUUGAUGCUGAUGCUGCAUUGCAGCGCUUUCCCAACCUUGAACGCGAGCACGUCAUCGCUUUGCUGGCUUGCGUGUUGCACGAGAACCCAACAGUGCGGAUGGAACGGCAGUGGAAUGAACCAACAGGCUUCGAAGAUCAAGAGGACGUUUUAGAGGCCGUUCUACAAAUUCUGCAUGGCCGUAGGGCCACAGUGGAGACGGAUGGCAAGUCUCGGAAGCGCAAGGGUGCUUUGGAUGAUGCCGACAAGGCCUUUCUACGUGGUCUCAUGCGAAGGUAUGGCUUGGAACUGAUAGAUCAUCCGGAAAAGCCGUGUCUGUGGCAGGAAGUGUUCACCAAAGCAGAUUUUCUGCAGACACUGUGGUUCGUCAUACAGCGACUUCUGCAUCCACGUGCAUCUGGCGAGUUGACGGCUCUGCGUUGCCUCCAUCAACCUGAUCGCAUUGCUGCACUUAGAGCUUCCAGGAGUCGGGCCUUGCGAAGGAAUGGCGUCCAUGCCGAUGUGUUGUCCCUGCAUCAAGAGUUGCUGGAGUGGCAAAUGGACACGGGGACGAGUAGACUGCCGAAUGAAUCUGAAGACAGGCCUUUGUCUUCGAAGAUUGACAGCUACAAGGAGAAGGACAGAAGGAAUCGCAUCUCAAGCAUGAAGAAGGCUUAUCCUCCUGAUUUUGAACCUUUAGAGCAGUUGUCCUUGGACUGUCUUACUGGAGCAGGUGACUCAUCGACAGGUGUGCAGUGGCGUUCUGAGUUUGAAGAGCAACUUACGCUUUCUGUACCUGGCUGGACAGAGGAUGCAAAGAAAAGUCGCACUUUUCAUACAUUGCAAGAAGUCCUCCAAUGCGGCGAUGUGUUUCUUCAACAAUGUUUUGCGACGCUGCAAUCUUAUGGAUUGUCUCUUCAGCGCAAAUUGAGCGUUCUUGCUGCCAAGUUGCAAUGCACUCCUAGCAUACCAGGUGUGGCGGAAGCUAUGUCCACUCGAUUACUCUCAACUCCACAGGACACAGAGGAGAUGGAGCUCAACAGAUAUGUUUGUCGGUUGUGCGACUUUCAAUGUGCAGACAAGGAAGUCUUGCAAGAGCACAUCAAGGACGCUCAUUCGAAUGACACUGAGGUUGCAAGAGCAUGGGUGGAAUAUCGCAAGAAAGUUCCCUCUUGGACUGUGCAACGCAGCUUGAUGGCCAAUGCGGAUGCAGCAUUGCGAGAGCCAGGACGGGAUGGAGCACUGCGUGAGGAACGGGCAUGUGUGGUUUGUGCUCGUAGAUUCUGGAGCGAAGAGUUGCGUCCAGUUAUUUUGUUCCAAGAUCCAGCUGCUGGAGCUCCAGAGACGGUGGACGGAGAAGAGGAAGAUCAGCGAGUGAAGAAGAUUGCACCUUCGCAACAACGUCGACUGUGUCGAGUUCUGGGCGUACAGCGCUACCUGGAGCGUUGGCCACAGCUACAGGCCCGUCCAGAGGCCAUUGCAGAGCUGAAGGCAUCGGCGGUCGAGCGUCCAUUCUUGAAGGAGGAGCUGCUCCUUUUACAUCGACGCCGAAUGCCAGCUGAUGUCAGGGACCCAUGCGACGUUUGCCGAGAAUGCUGUGGUCCCUUGACAUCAAGCAUGGUGAGCCUUCCUCGGUACAGCUUAGCCAAUGAUUUGUGGAUCGGUCGACAACUUCCAGCUUUGAGAAACUUGGCAGCGGCCACCAAACGUUUGUUACCAAUGGUGCGCACCUGUCUGCAAGUCACUGUUCUGCAGCCCGGUAACCUCGUUCGAGAGGAACGGCAGAAGGGCUUCAUCGGCAACAGCAUCUUUUUGCCGCAGGCUGCGCCCACAGCCAUUCGAGCUGUCCUUCCGCCGCCAGAACAGGACAUGCAGGAGUCCAUUCUCUUUGUUUUGGUCGGCGAUGGACAGAACAAAACAGCCCUUCAAAGCAGUGCAUUGUUGAAGGCCCCUCGUGGCGAGUACGAAUCUGCAGUUCGAUGUCUUCAAAGCACUUCGCCGUACUACGAAGAAGUCACGCUUCGGGACGCUGGUGAGUCUACGUUGCAGGGUUGCAUUUUGGAAACCGGUGUCAACAGCUACUUAGCCAAACAGUUGCUUCAACAGGGUCACUUGGUGUCGAGCAUCGUGGGCCUCAAUGAUGGUGAGGACGAGCAAUGCAAAUGGUUGAAAGUUGGUCGUGAUAUGCAAGAGCUCUGUCGUCGCAAGCCUGGAUCCCGACUCAGUGUGGCACAAGAAGUUUGCAGAGAUCGAGAUGGCAACGUGGUGUCUGAUGGCUCAUCUGCCCAGAGUUCUCAACUCCUUGGUCGCGAAGGACUUCGAGAGCGACAGGCCCUAGGGCAGAUCAAGAGCAUCCAAAGUCUGGCGGCCCAGUCUGCACAGAGUCAUCGGCAGGUGGAAGCGGACAUGUUCCAAGUCCGACCUUCCAAACUGGUGGUGCCGUCACAAGGGUCGCCUGCUUCUAUGUUUGAGCCUUCGACCUGGGCAAUGGCAUUUCCGGACUUGUUCCCCUGGGGCGAUGGAGUUCCAUUUCUGAAGCGAGAGACUCGCAUGGAUGCAGCAGAGGUCUUCCGAUACCUGCUCAUCCGCGAGGAGCUGCAGUACAAGCUACCGUCAGAGUCGGAGCUUGUUUCUGCCCCUUUGCCACGAUGGUUUAUGUUUGGAAUUGUCACGAACCAGUGGAAUCUUGUUAAGGAGACAUUGUUGCCUGUGAUGUACGAUGUGCAGCGACGAUUGGAGCUUAUGAAGUCUACCAAAGCAUAUGUGCAGCGUCGUGGCUUCGCAAAGCAUCUCAAUCUCAUCGCCAAUGUGAGCACAGAAGAUCUUUUGAAGGCAAUGGCAUUGCAUGGGGAAGCUGCGGACAUUCGAACUCUGACGCAAGAUGCCAAUGUAGAUCCAGCUUUGAAACGUGCUCUGGGCGGAGUGCUGCAAUCAACCGCCAAUAUCAUCGGCUUGGAAGGACAUCGCAGUCAAAUUCGACUUCGUGGUCAUGCAGCCGGUUGGCACUAUGGCAAUGCGCAUCUUUUUGUCACACCCAAUCUGGCUGACGUUCGUGCACCGUUGAUGUUGCAGCUGCAUCUGCAGACGAAUGGCAUUGCCGAAGUGGAGGCACAGAGUAUUUGCUUGGAUUGGGACGAUGAAAUCCCGGAGCUGCUUGGCAUCGAGCCGACUUUUCAAAAGGAACGGUAUGCAGUUGGAUUUCCACGCUGCUUCGAAGAUGGCAUGGCAACUUCAUUGUAUGGUGGCAUCUUUGGUGAUAUUGCUGCUUUGUGCGGCCCGCUCGAAACGCAAGGGCGUGGAUCCAUGCAUCCACAUAUCCUCAUCGUCUUGCUGGGUCAUGACCUCAUCAGUCGUGUGCACACCUUGAUGCGUCGCAUUGGACAUGGCGAGCUGGUGGUGGAACUGCAAAGGUGGAGUCGCAAAGUGUUGGAAGCUGCUGCGAAGAUUCGCUGGGACAGUCAAUUGGCUUUGUCCGAUUGCUUGAAUGUAGAAGGUACACCUUUGCCGUUUUCCGAAAAGCAACGCAGUGAGUGUGGCAAACAAUAUGCGGAGGUACCGCUUCAAGCAACGGAACCAGAUGGUCAUGAGAUCAUUGCCGAUCGAGAACAACAAGUUGGUCCUCCACGUUUGACUGGCUGCUUUGCAUCGCUGCGACCGCGAUAUCUACGACGCAAACUUCAUGAAGAGUUUCCCCGUGCAAUUUGGAAGACUGCCUUUUGUUCUGAUUAUCGACGACUGGUGAUUCAGAAUCAUUUCCACAAGUGCACAAAGUCGUGUUUCAAGAAGAUCCUCGACCAAUUUAGUGCAUUUUUUUGCUUUGAUAGAAAGUUCCUUUCGUAA